GCCUUGCGAUUUGCGAAUUGCGAGAGAGAGAGAGAGAUUUGCCAGCACAGCAGGCACAGCUCCUAGAUGACAAUAUGACAGACUCGGAGCUUUCUCGCGGCGAGCGGCGAGCGGCGAGAUGCACCUCCCUCCUUCUCUUUCUCUCUCAUUCUCUCUCUCGUCCUAGAAAGUUUUCCCUGCACUUUUUUCCAGCGGUCGAAAGUGACCUUACCUUACAAUCCUUACGUCUUACUCCGGAGUCCGGGCCGAAGUAGCGAUCGCGUCGCGAUUAUCCCGGCGGAGGAGGCACGUGAACGAUUUUGUGUGACGCGAGUAUUAAUUCCGCAAGUCUGUCACUCUUGGUCGGCAAAUACGCACGUUUCGGCAGCUAGAAUGGCUCGUGGACAGCAGAAGAUACAGUCUCAAGCUAAGGCGGCGGAAAAAAGCGCGAAACUGAAGAAACAGCAAGGACACAGUGCCAAUGAUCAAAAAAAGGCAGCACAGAAAGCGCUGGUGCACGUGUGUACCGUAUGCAAAGCCCAAAUGCCAGAUCCUAAGACUUACAAGCAACACUUUGAAAAUAAACAUCCCAAGAAUGAACUGCCAGAUGACUUGAAGAAUAUAUGAGGGUACGAACUGUUGUACUACAGUGGGGAUUGGGUGAGAACGCAGGAAAAGUUUGCUGCAACUGACAAAGUGAUAUAGUUCAACAUUCAUCUGAUCAUUGCAUAGUUUGAGAAAAUGAAUUAAAUCUUGUUAGUGUUUUAACUAAUCUAUCGCACUCAACAGAUUGUUGUGCACAACUCAGAAUGUUAAGCGUAAUUGAUGAUUUACUUAUGGAAAAUCUUGAUUUGUAAACAGUUUUUGCAUACGUAUCAUAUAAUCAAUACUUUUCACGUAAACGUUACAUCUGGAGAGAUUCUGUGUAUAUUUCUAAAUAAAGUUCAUAAAUUUCAUGGCAAAAUUCUGAAAUAUUUUAACGAAAGGAAAAACGCAGUAUAUCGUCGAUUUUUUAAUUCUAUUACGAAGGAAGAUAAUUUAUAAGAAUAAUACAAUAUAAAUGAUUAGAAAGAAUAAUUAAAUCAUUAUUUAUUAAAAAAAAGCAUUCUUAUCCAAGUUCUUUAUAACGUGUUAUUGCUUGAAAAUAUUUCUAUUUGAACGAAUGCGCGUUAUAGAAAAAUGUUCUCGCAUUAUAAAUUUUAAUUCCAUACUUCUUCAUGACAGGAAUAUUAUUUUCUAUCAUUAUCUUUGUUGCAUUUAAUUAAUAGUUGUGGUAUAUUUUAAGGUAGAAGUUUAUAAAAACGGUUUUUAAAUUAUAAGAGGUUGAAUGAUACACAACAGUCUUUAACUACAUGACCAACUGCCAAUUUAUAGUUGAUUGUAUUGUAUGCUCUUUAAAAUAAGAACGAUCUAAGUGGGGAUAUAUUACAUAAGCCAGCCUUCCCUUCACGUUUGUAGAGGUAAAUAUUUUUAUUUCUGUUUGUAACGGGGCUUGUCAUUCGCAUUAUACCGGGCUAUUCACAGACAUACGCAUAAUUCCUGUUACAUAAAAUAUUAAUAAUAAUGCAUUUUAUAUGCUCGUAAAAUAUGUAGUACUUACAGUACCGUAAUGAACUAAGAAUAAUUGAUUCAUCCUACAUUGUUAUGUAUUUAUGUUAUUAUAAGAAAUGUAAGAAUAUUCUGUUGGCUUCAAUAAAGAAUCCAUUAUUCUUCGAA